AUGUUUUGGUCCCGGGUCCGCCCCAGAACCCCAGAGGGAGGAGAGACAAAGCAAAGAAGGCGAGUGGACAGAGUGCUUACCAUUUUGACAGUUUCUGCCUUCCUGGCCGGCAUGAAGCGCUCGACCGGCUUGACGCCCAGUAUCAAGACGGACAAGAUUGCUGGCGACAACAAGGAGAUGAACAAGUGGAUCAACAAGUACCUGGGCGUCGGUGAAUGGGUCAUGGACCAGUCCGUGGCACUGGCCGGUUCGAGCAGCUGGUUCGAGCGGACACGGUAG